AUGUCGCUCCUCCAAACGUUCCUAGCUUCGAUGGAAAGCGUGUACGGAAACUUCUCCACCGUUCCUGACGCGACAAAGUGGAGACCGCCGCCGAAAUCAGGGGGUCAUAGAGGCCGAUAUCUCUGGACAGACGCCUUUGGUGUUUUAAAUUUUCUUACCCUUUAUAAAGAGCUGUCACUGGGGGGAGAUAGCAAGGCUACCGCUGGCAAUUACUUGAUCUUUGCUCAGCGCCUUAUCGCUACCGUCCACGACGUCUUGGGUCGAACGCGUGAUGGUCUUUCUCGACUCCCCCACGCGACAGAUGAAGAACCUCUCAAAGGUGGUUUGCGGAUCGGAAAAGAAGAGGAAACAGGGCCUGAUGGUGAUGGGCAAUAUUUUCACUACCUCACUAUGUGGAUGUUUGCUCUCAACCGAAUGUCGAUUGCGACAGGGGAUCCGACAUAUAACAGGACAGGCUAUUUCACUCGCAAAGGCUAUCCAUCCGCACUCUUCCUCAACCGUACUCGGAAAAACCACACAUGGCAUCCCGCUUUGCAGUAUGGCGACGGGGAAAUUCUCAAGGAAGAAAUUGCCGAUUACAAGAAAGUAAUGGCUUGCAAAGGGGACUUUUAUGUAACAAGAGACCCCCUCGAUCUGGGAAUGACGCUCUGGACGGCUCACUGGUUCGCUGAUCGGGAAAACUGGGCGCGUCGUCUGGCAGACAAAUGCGUUUAUCAGCUCCAUCAUCUAUUCGAGGAGGACCAUUUCCUGGAGACGGAUUUGCAGUUUCGUAAUGCAUACAGGGAGUUUGGAAUUUGCCUCGGCAUAGCCUGCCUGACAUGCCGAGAGGCCAGCAACGACGAAGGAUUGAAUAAUCGGUCUCAGGAGAUAGUCACCCAGUGGCAGAAGUAUAUAUCAUCGCCUUUGACCCCAGAAGACCUAAAGCCUAUCACCAACGUUAUGUAUUCAACCGCGUUAAUACCAGGGGCUUUCAAGUCUCGGUAUCUGGGGACUGAGCCUAUUGAUCAAUUCUGA